AUGGUGCAUGACAAAAGGGCUGACAACGAUUCUUCCAGAUGGGAUAAUAUUAUCUUCUCAACAACAGACCUGUGGGAUGAGAGCAAGUGGACUGAUGCUGUACAUCUCGACUUCGAAGGAUACGACAUCAGCCCGCAUUGGGAUGACGAAGGAAAUUCUUAUGUUGUUGGUAGCCAUGCCUGGAAAGUAGCAUAUGGUAUUCAUAUCAACCGAGUCGAUCUCACUACAGGAGAGGUACUUGGUAAUUGGACUAACUUAUGGAAUGGUACUGGCGGUAUCGCACCUGAAGGGCCACAUAUCUUCAAGAAAGAUGGCUGGUACUAUCUCAUGAUUGCAGAAGGUGGAACAGGUCUGCUUCAUAUGGAAACGAUCGCGCGGUCCAAGGACCUUUAUGGGCCUUAUGAACCGAACGCUGCCAACCCCAUCUUGACUAAUGCGAAUACUACUGAAUAUUUUCAAGCCGUAGGUCAUGCGGACCUCUUUCAAGAUGCGCGAGGUCAAUGGUGGGGUGUAGCGUUAGCAGUCCGCUCUGGUCCAGAAUGGGUGACCUUCCCCAUGGGUCGAGAAACCGUCCUCUACAAUGUAACGUGGGAAGCUGGAUCAUGGCCUGAGCUACAACACCCAGUUCGUGGUGAGAUGCGGGGAUGGUCACUCCCUAGUAUUAUCCAGAAUCUACCGGGUGACGGGCCCUUCGUAGACGAAGGCGAUAACAACAUCAAAUUCCGCCCAAACACCUCCAUACCACCUCACUUCAUUUACUGGCGCCCACCCAUCACAGAGAACUACGUCAUCUCCCCGCCCGGCCACAUCAACACCCUUCGUCUCAAGCCCUCCCCUCUAAACCUCACAGGUAUAGAUGGAAACUCUCCCGGCCCAGGCGGGCAAACAUUCAUAUCGCGCCGCCAAGUUGACACGCUCUUCAACUUCGCUUUUGACCUGGACUAUAGUCCCAGCGCCCUCAACGAAGAAGCAGGAAUAACGUUAUUCUUGACGCAGAACCACCACGCACGGAUGGGCGUCGCUAUGCUUCCCCUGGCAAACGACAGCGUAAACUAG